GCAGGCGGUAGAGCUCGCAGCGGCUGCAUAUAAGCAGCUGCACCUUCACCCUCACUACCGGGCACUGCGGGCAGUUUCAAAAGGCUGUUAUAAACCUCUGUUGUCCGUCAAGCGUUAAAUAAACGUGUUGUUGCAGGAAUGUUGUGGGCAGAAAGCCGGUGGCGGUGUGUGGAGAUGGCCUGCUUUCCCCGUGAAGAAGGGGCGUGUUCUCGCUAUCUGACUGAAAGCCCCGCUCCACUCUCUCCCUCUGUAUCAGCUAACCCAGCCUAGCAGCUCACUGCCUAGCGUUAGCAUUAGCUUUCUAGCCGGGAAACGUCGGUAAACGUUACAUACUGAAGCUGAAAACAACCAGCUGGGUAAAUUAGAGCUCUGAACCAUUUCUGGACCUGAAUCUGGGAGCUGUUAGCUCGCUUUAGUCAGUGCUGAGGGAGAAAUGCCUUAUUCCUGAGUGGAGAAACAACGUUUGGAAACAUGGAAUACAUGAUGAAAGAGUGAGAGAGAUAUAGAGAGAGACGAGGGGGGGGACGUGUUUUUAUCGGAGAAUUUGACCGGCUUUUCGGCUUUAAACGGCUCCCUCUCCUCUCCUGGCUGAUUUGGCGAUAUCCAGAGGAGCACAAACGGCAGCUUCAAGCUCGAUUCCGUGGAUUUUCUGGUUUUAAAGCAGGUCCAGGCUCAGCGUGGCCAGCAAUAAAGGUGCCCAUGAGAAAGCCACGCCGGAGGGGGGGUCUGCCUGGGGGUUUGGGGAACAGGAGCAGUGAUGACACACCCAAAGAUGGUGGAGGUGGUGGUGGUAGAGAUGGCGGCAGCAGUUGUGGUGAUGGUGGUAGUAGAGGAGGAGGUAGUGGAGGUAGAGGGUCAGCACAGCCCCGCUCCCCGUCCCCCUACAGGCUCAAAGUUUCCCCGACGCGAGAGACCCUGACUUACGCCCAGGCACAGAAGAUGGUAGAAGUAGAUCUGGACGGUCGCCUGCACCGGAUCAGCAUCUUCGACCCGCUGCCCAUCAUCACAGAAGACGAGAUGACUGCUCAGGACAUCGCAGAGUGCAACAGCAACAAGGAAAACACAGAGCAGACGUCCGCGUCCAGCGCGGCCAACCUGAGCCGCAGGACCGCCAGCAAUAAAAACAAAAAGAAGGACAUUAAGAAUGCGUACAUUUCUAUACUGAACCACUUCCCCAGCUCUCAAGGACAGUCUCACUCGCAGCACGGUAACCACUGCCCCUUACCCAAGCCCACUUUUAGGGUGCUAGAUUCUUUUGUACCUACGGAUGCCCCCCCUCUACCCUCAGCCUACUACCGCUACAUGGAGAAGUCUCAAGAGGAGCUGGAGAACGAGGCCGAGUACGACAUGGACGAGGAGGACGUUUCCUGGCUGGAGAUGGUGAACGAGAAGCGGACGUCCGAGGGUCAGCCAAUUGUUUCGCCGGACACUUUUGAACUGCUGAUGGACCGUAUGGAGAAGGAGUCGUUCCUGGAGUCGAGGAGCCAGGUGCCUUCUCAGAGCUCCAUCGACGAGGACGCUUUCUGCUCUGUCUGCCUGGACGACGAGUGCCUCAACAGCAAUGUCAUCCUCUUCUGUGACAUCUGCAACCUGGCCGUGCACCAAGAGUGUUACGGGGUUCCUUACAUCCCUGAGGGUCAGUGGCUGUGCCGCUGCUGCCUCCAGUCCCCCUCCCGCCCUGUGGACUGCGUGCUUUGCCCCAAUCGGGGUGGAGCCUUUAAACAGACCAGCGACGGACGAUGGGCACACGUGGUUUGUGCCAUUUGGAUCCCGGAGGUGUGCUUCGCCAACACUGUCUUUUUAGAGCCUGUGGAGGGAGUGGACAACAUCCCUCCGGCCAGGUGGAAGCUGACGUGCUACCUGUGCAAGCAGAAAGGUCGUGGCGCGUCCAUCCAGUGCCACAAGGCCAACUGCUACACAGCGUUCCACGUCACCUGUGCCCAGAGAGCAGGUCUCUUCAUGAAAAUCGACCCGGUGCGGGAGACCACUGUGAACGGAACAACGUUUUCAGUGAAGAAGACGGCGUUCUGCGAGGCUCACUCGCCCGAACAGAAAGAGGGCUCUGAUGACGAAGAGACAGGGGGGAGGGUGGUGGGAGGACGGGCCAACAGGGGGAGCAGUGCGUAUGUCCCGACGCCACAGUUAAAAAAGUCGGGACGGAGCAAUAAGAAAGAGGAGGAGAGUCCCAAGAAAAAGGGGAAGAAGAGCCAAGAAGUAAUAUCUAAAAAGUUAACCACACCUGUGGUUGCCGUGCCAGAGAUACCUUCAAAUAGGUUGAACAAAGUUUUUAAAGGAAUUAUAAUGCAAAAAAAGAACUAUUUUAUGCAGAGGUUGCACAAAUAUUGGUUACUGAAGCGUCAAUCACGCAACGGAGUGCCUCUCAUUCGCCGGCUGCACUCUCAUCUGCAGGCCCAGAAGAGUGCAGAUCAGGCCGAGCCAGAUGAAAAAGUGAGCGCUGUAAGAGAAGAGCUGAAAUACUGGCAGAAGUUGCGGCAUGAUCUGGAGAGAGCCCGGCUUCUGGUGGAGCUCAUCCGUAAGAGAGAGAAACUAAAGAGAGAGCAGAUGAAGGUGCAGCAGGCAGUGAUGGAGCUGCAGCUGACUCCUGCACUGAUGCUGCAGCGCUCCACCCUGGAUCAGCUGCAGGAGAAAGACUCCGCUGAGAUCUUCGCUCAGCCUGUCGAUCUCAAAGAGGUUCCUGAUUACCUGGAGUUCGUCUCUCAGCCCAUGGAUUUCUCCACCAUGAGGUCUAAGCUGGAAGCGCACAAAUACCGCUCGAUCUUGGACCUGGAGGCGGAUUUUAACCUCAUGAUCGCGAACUGUCUGCUGUAUAAUGCUAAAGAUACGGUGUUCCACCGCGCUGCAGUGCGACUGCGGGAGCUAGGUGGCGCUAUACUGCGGCACGCGCAACGGCAGGCUCAGAAUACGGGGCUGGACCCCAAUACAGGCAUGCACCUCCCAGAGUCUCCGCAUAAGAACGACUACUACCGCUGUACGCUGGAGGACGUGGACACGCUGCUGGACCCGGAGAACAGGCUGCACAUGACAGCAGAGGAUCAGCUGAAGGAACUACUGGAUAAGCUGGAUGUGGUGACGUCCAUGCGCUGCAGCGGCGCAAGAACGCGCCGCAUCCGGCUCCUGCGCAAAGAGAUCAACAACGUCCGCUACCGCCGCAACUCGCACCUCUCCAACGGAGACGUGAAGGAGGAAGACGAGGACGAAGAUGAGGAUGAGGAAGACAAAGAGAUGGACAUUGAAAACAACCUUUCUUCAUCCUCGGACAAAGAUGAUUGUAAAUCCACCCCACCUCCAACCCUGGAGCCGUCAGGCCUGGCCUUAUCCCCUCCGCCCGGGGACACCCCCCAGGACCCCCCCACUCUACGUCCAAUGACUGCUGACCCAAAGAUCUCGUCCUCCUGUCCGUCUGAAGCUCUGAGUCGGAGCAGUGAGAGGAGGGAAGCCGAGACAGAACCGGAACCAGAGGCAGAUGUUGUAUCUCGGAACAGACUGCUGGACACGCCUCCGGUUCUGUCCCCCAGCGAGGGCAAGCUGCUGAACGGCCUCUCCUCGUCCUCCACCCCGUCCCCGUCCCCGACCCGGCCCGUCUCCGGGGGAGUGGGACGCCGCACCUCUGUCCUCUUCAGGAAAGCGAAAAACGGCGUGAAGCUGCAGCGCGAGAGAGACAGUCAGCUGCAGAACGGCAGCAACGGGGAGAGCAAACCACCCUCGCUCUCGCUCAGCUGCAGCUGCAGCAGCACACCCACCCCCACCCCCGCCGCCACACCCCCCGCCUCCACCACAACCACCACAGACACAACAGCACAGACACUGCGAUCAUCAACACCCCCGCCAUUACUCAGCCCGGCCAAUGAGAGGGUCCGCAGCCGCAGCAGCAGUCCUGAGCACGAGAUGACCCCGCCUCGCUCUAUAGAAACGGCUCUCACUAAUGGAUUCAAAAAGCACAAAGAUGGAGGAUCUGACUCUGAGAGCAGCCCCUCCCCCAUACUCAAGAAGGAAAUUGUUUUGCCACCAAAAAAAAGUCGAGGAAAACCUGCGCUGUCCAAAGUUCCGUUCUUAGAGACUGUUAAUGGAGAUUCUGACUACACUGGUCCAGUGGACAUGCUGUCUAUAGAAAGUGAUGCUGAACUGGAGCCUCUGGACCUGGUGUGGGCCAAGUGUAGGGGUUACCCGUCCUACCCUGCUCUGAUCAUAGAUCCAGACAUGCCAGAGGAGGGUCUGCUGCAUAAUGGAGUGCCUAUCCCCGUCCCUCCUGCGGAUGUGCUGCGGCUUGGGGACCAGAGGCAGGAGGAGGCUGGCGAGAAACUCUUCCUCGUCCUCUUCUUCGACAACAAGCGCACCUGGCAAUGGUUACCACGAGACAAGCUGCUACCACUGGGCAUGGACGACACGGUGGACAAACUGCGCCUGAUGGAGGGUCGGAAGACCAGCAUCCGGAAGUCCGUGCAGGUGGCGUACGACCGAGCCAUGAUGCACCUCAGCCGAGUACGAGGGGACCACGGCUUCGUCGGCUCCAACUUCUUAUAGAGUCCACCAAAGCCUCAGCACACGUCACUAUCCUCACUAUCCAUUCUCCUCCUCAUCACUACUACUACUCAAAUACCACUCGCACAGGCGGCUGCGUCCCAAUCCCUUUGCUCGCUCCCUCUCUUUCUCCCUUGUGCCCUUGCGCCCUUCCUCUCUCCCUCUACUGGACAUGAAGGGUACUGUUCAGGGAGUGGAGUCACUCAAACACAGUGCACUGUCCACUGACUCUCCACUGACUCACCUCUCAUUUCUUUCCAGUGUCAAGAAGAAGGAGUGUCAGCCAUGAAAUCGUAGUUUGUUUAAGGUUUUUAAUCCCCCUUAGGGCUUAAAGUGAGCGUGAGUUGUGCGUGGGGGGGGAGCUUUAAACAAGCAUACGUGCAAAUAUGUGUGUGUGUUUGUGUUUUUUAAACUAGUGUCACUUUAAAUCUGGUGGUUUAGAGAGUCUGGACCAUCCGAAGGCUUGCUGUCGACGAUGGACGUAGAGCAGAGUCUGUUUUCUGACAAUGAUUCAUUUAUAAGACGAAUGAACGAGUCGGUGAAUCGGAGUGAAUCAGCUGGAAGCGAGCGCGUUCCAACGUAUGAAUGAAUCACUGCCAUUUUCUUAUGAUAGCUUUUUACUUUUUAACGUUUUACAAACCACUUCUAUUUCUUGUAUAUUGUAAAGACGACACUUGUGCGUGCGUGCAUGUGCGUGUGUGUGUGUGUGUGUGUGUGUAUAGAAGUACAUUUCUUUCUCUUUUUAUUUUCUUUUUUUUUUGUCGUACAAUAUCUAAUUUAAUUUGAGUCUUGUAUAUUGUGAAUUCAAUCGCCUGGAUGUAUGAAGAAGUCAGAUCUCUUCUGUACAUAUUUGUAAAAAAGAAAAAAACAAACAAAAAAAAACAAACCAACAUCAAGAAAAUGAAAGAAAGAAUAUCGAAUCAUUGAAUCACUUACUUUUGCUGCAAAGGGUGUGUGUUCCGCUUGUCUUCGAUGUCAGAUUGUGAGAAUACACUCAUAUGUUCGUAUGUAUGUAUGUAUGUAUGUAUGUAAGGUAUACACAUACAUCGUACGAUGUACAUUUAUGUAUGAUACGCAGCAGCCAGUUGUUAUAUGGUUCUAUCAUUUUUGAUACACAGAAAUGUAAUUUAUUUAUGGAUCGCAAAGAGAUAGAGAUAAUUAAAUUAUAUAUUGGUUGAAGAAGAAUCGAAUCAAAUAUCGUAUUUAAGAUGAACUAUUGAAUAGGGGUUUUAACACGAGAUGGGCUUUGAGACUUUAUGGCUUUGUUUUUAUUAUGUUCAGCUUUUCAGAUGAAAUGCUUUGUUGGAGGAUGCAUUAUUCACAAACAAAGAGACAGACAGACAGUAAAUCCUUCUUUUUUCUUUUUUUGAUCACAUUUUUUGCACCAUUAAAGCGCAGAGCCUUGUAUUUAUUGUAGAAACUUGCUGAGCUCUAGGACCUGUUUAUAAAGAUGGAGCUGAGAGAGAAAUUUUAAGCUUGUACAAACUGCAGAUUUUACCUACUCGCCAAAUAACCAGUCUCAAACAGUAUUUUCUCAUGUGGGGAAAUAAAUGUUCUAUUGAAUCUCUUAA